UCCCUGACGGAGGCACUUGGACCCGGGCUCUGCGCUGGCGGACGUGGACAUGGUGGCCCUGCUGUUGCUUCCCCUGCUGUGGGGGGGGUCCCUGCAGGACGACCAAGGGUACGAGCUCCGAGUGCAGGACUCAGUGACGGUGCAGGCGUGCCUGGGCGUCCACGUGCCCUUCUCCUUCUCCUACCCUCGGAGGUCGUGGCCCUUCUCUGGCGAACCCUUCAUCUAUUGGUUCCGGGAAGGGGACAACAUACACCACAGUGAUCCUGUGGCCACAAACAACCCAUGGAGACAAGUGAAGCCAGAGACCCAGGGCCGAUUCCACCUCCUCGGGGACCCCAGGAAAAAGAACUGGUCCCUGAACAUCAGAGAUGCCAGGAUGAGCGACACAGGAGUUUACGUCUUCCGAGUGGAGGCAGACGAUGUGAAAUACAGUUACAGAGAUAAGAAGCUGAAUUUGCAGGUGACAGCCCCAACACAGAAACCUGACAUCCAUUUUCUGGAGGCUCUGGAGUCCGGCCGCCCCACAAACCUGACCUGCCGCCUGUCUCUAGUCUGUGAUGGGGGAAGAGCUUUCUCAUUCUCCUGGGCGGGGGAUGCCCUUGACGCCGUGGACCCAGAGACCCUCCAGUCCUCGGUGCUGACCUUCACCCCGAGGCGCCGGGACCAUGGCAGCAACCUCACCUGUCGUGUGGAACUCCAAGGAGAUCAAGUGACCAUGGAGAGAACCAUCCGGCUCAAUGUCUCCUAUGCUCCGUGGAAUCUCAGCAUCAACCUGUGCUUCAGAAAUGUCACAGCCCUCAAGGCUCUGCAGAACAGGGCCUCGGCCCUUCUCAUCUCGGAGACCCAGGCGCUGCAGCUGCUGUGUGUUGCUGACAGCAACCCCCCCGCACGGCUGGGCUGGUUCCGGGCGUCCCCAGCCCUGAACGCCACCCGCAUCUCCAGCACCAAGAUCCUGGAGCUGCCAGGCUUAGGCGCUGCAGAAGAAGAAUUCACCUGCCGAGCUCAGAACCCUCUGGGCUCCCAGCAAGUUUCCGUCAGCCUUGCUGUGCAGAAUGAGCUGCAGGACAGGUGCCAGGAAAGCCCGUCUUGCUGCAGCCGCGUGACUGAGGCUCAGCAGGGCUCCUGGCCCCUGGUCCUCACCCUGAUCAGAGGGGCCCUCAUGGGGGCUGGCUUCCUCCUCACCUAUGGCCUCACCUGGAUCUACUACACCAGGUGUGGAGGCCACGAGGGAGCAGGGCUGAGCCUCCCUCCUUCUCAAGACGGGAUUCACGUGCGGAUGGGGAGCCCAGAAGACAGCCAUGGGGCCAUCACUGUCAGCUUCUCCCCGGAAACGCUCGACUCAAACCCUCAUUUGCAACCACGAGCUCUUAAUUUGCGUGAUGACAUGAAGAGUCAAUACCAUUGAAAGGAGACUUUUAUUACUCACACCUUCCAAGAGUAGGUGGCAAGUCACGCUGGGCAGGACCAAAGGGGAAGCACCUGGUUUUGCUCAAGAAGCAGGAGCAGGUGCGGAGAAGCCUUUAUAUGGGGUUUCCAUGGGAAAGGCAGGGCUGCGCAGGGAAAUUUCUUUAGGAUCUGCUCAUUUGAAUAAUUCUGGUGGGCUUUGGGCGGCAGGGGUGAUCUGUAGUAAUCUGUUACCUGUUCGUGAGUGACUUAGGGUAAGGGAAAUAGUGGCUUGGCGAGUGAGGGGUAGCUAAAGGGGUGGUUGGGGAUUAUGGGGUAGCGAUUGAUUGGUUUGCAUUUUAAAGGUGAGGUCCUGGAACAGCCCUUUUCUGUCUCUAAUAAUUGCGAGGCGGUGUCCUUUUCAGGCCAGCAAGCUUUUGAAGAUGUCAAAACGUCAUAAGAUACAGAAAA